GCCCGUGUCCUGUGCCGGUUGAGUGUGCUCGCGUGCGUCCUUGUUUAGUCUGGUUUUGGUUCAUUUUUUUCCCGGGCGCAGACGUGCCACCGAAGGGGCCGAGGAGCCGCAUCUGUGGGAGGAGAGGCGAGGUUCAGUCUUUAAAAACUACAACGUAAAAAUGGCUUCCAAAAGAGCUCUGGUCAUCCUGGCUAAAGGAGCAGAGGAGAUGGAGACCGUCAUCCCUGUAGACGUCAUGAGACGAGCUGGAAUUAAGGUCACCGUCGCGGGUUUGGCUGGAAAAGACCCCGUACAGUGUAGCCGAGAUGUUGUCAUUUGUCCUGAUGCCAGUCUGGAAGACGCAAAAAAAGAGGGACCUUAUGACGUGGUGGUUCUGCCAGGAGGUAAUUUGGGUGCACAGAAUUUAUCUGAGUCUGCUGCUGUGAAGGAGAUACUGAAGGAACAAGAGAAGAGGAAGGGGCUCAUAGCCGCUAUCUGUGCAGGUCCUACGGCUUUGUUGGCUCAUGAAAUAGGUUUUGGAAGCAAAGUUACCACACACCCACUUGCGAAAGACAAAAUGAUGAAUGGAAGUCAUUAUAGCUACUCGGAGAAUCGCGUGGAGCAGGAUGGCCUGAUCCUCACGAGCCGGGGGCCAGGGACCAGCUUCGAGUUUGCUCUUGCUAUUGUCACGGCGCUGAGCGGCAAGGAGGUGGCUGAGCAGGUGAAGGCCCCGCUGGUCCUUAGAGACUAGAGCAGAAGUACCCGACGCAGGUCACAGAUAGGCCACCUGUCACCACUUUCACUGAGUCCACUUUAAACAGAAGUGGGUGGUGACUCUGCGGAGCCCUUUUCGUGAAGUGACACCUACGCAGAUUCCUCGCCCUACGGCUGUGUCCCCACAUUUCUGAACCUUGAUUGCAGAAUAAACAACACUUAGCAAACUA